UGUUCCAUUGAUAGUAGAGGGUGUGUUCUGUGGGGCUCGUGAGUAUGUACGAUAGGGACAACGGGAAUGUAAACAGGCUAAACAGAAGAGAUUAUUAUGGCGGACACAGAUGCGUCUUGGCAGAGUGGGGGCUAUGACGUGGAGCUGUUUGUUGAGACCCCUGACUAUGACCUGAUCUGCACCAUAUGCCAGGGGGUCCUCAGGUGCCCAGUAAGAGCUGCAUGCCACCAUAUCUUCUGCAAGAAAUGCAUUUUACAAUGGCUAAAGAGACAGGAGACGUGCCCCUGUUGCAGAAAGCCUGUUAAUCAGAAUUUAAUAUUUGUGAUGUUCAAGCUGAGCAAAUCAAUUGGUCGCCUAAAGGUUAAGUGUAAAAAUGAGAUCCGGGGUUGUCCGUCCACCUUCCCCCUCUCGGAGCAGUACUGCCACAGCAUGGGCUGUCUGUUCGAGCUUGUCCCCUGCCCCUACCAGGGCUGCCGGGCACAGCUCCUCCGCAGGGACCUGGAGACCCACGCUCGGCACUGUGAGCACUGGCGCCAACCCUGCCACAUGGGCUGUGGCACAGUGCUCUCACACCGCACCCAGGCCCAGCACAACUGCUACAAGGAGCUAAGGCAUGAGUACGAGGCAAGGCAGAGGAACCACCGGGCCAUCGCAACAGCCCUCCAGAGGAAGAUGAGGAGGAUGCAGAGCACCAUGGCCCACAUGAAGCGGCAGAUUGGCCUCAUCUGUGAGAGCCUUGAGGUCAUGGAUGACCUGGUGGAGGUGGAGGAGGAGGAUGUGGGGGAAAGCAGUGGCAGCAGUGGGACACUGAGUAGCAGCAACAGUAGCUCCUGAAAAGCAAGGGCUGCAGCUCUGGCUGCAUGCCACAGUUAACCUGAUGUAUUAUUGAUGCUAAUUUGUCCAUAUUUGCUUGAAUGUGUGUUGAAUUGCACUGAAUUUGUCUUAUGAAGGAUAAAUUAAACUAUUGAAACUAUUGUGUUUUGUAAAUAAAGUCCAUAA